AUGUCGGAAAAAACGAAAAGUAUGAGCCACGUAAAACAUAUUCCCAAAGAUGCUCAAGUCAUCAUGUCAAUCAUGAAGGAUAUGGGGAUAACAGAUUACGAACCUAAGGUGAUCAAUCAGUUGUUGGAAUUCACAUAUCGAUAUGUCACAUGCAUAUUGGACGACAGCAAAGUAUAUGCCAACCACGCUAAAAAGAAGUUCAUUGACCUGGAUGAUGUCAGACUGGCAGUAAAGAUGCAGCUGGAGCGUUCGUUCACGAAUCCACCACCCAGAGACGUUUUAUUAGAUGUGGCACGAACUAAAAACAACAUUCCGCUACCUUUUGUUAAGCCAAGCAAUGGCCUCAGACUACCACCGGAUCGAUAUUGUUUAAACGCAACAAAUUACAAACUUAGAAAUGCGACGAAGAAAGUUGUACAAAAACCUGCGCAUUCUUUGGUAGGCAAUAAUCAAUCUGGUGGACAGCUGAGACCGAAAGUAGAAGGAAAUAAGACUGGUGUGUCGAUCGUUAAAAGGCCUGGCACACUUGCCACUGUGGCAAGAACACAAACCAUUUCUAUACCAAAACCUGUUUUGAAGUUCUCUACAGCAACAACAAGCACUACAGCGGUAAAGACGCAAGUAACGAAGCCAAAAAUACAGAUCACUUCCAAUCAGACAUUACCGACCGUAAAGAUGGAGACCGACGAGUCAUUGAAGAGAAAGCGAGAGGAUGACGACUAUGAUGUGUCAUAAUCUUGAUUCUGAAGACUUUUCCGUUUAAUUAUUCAUAUUCUUGAAUUUUCUGUAAUAAUUAUAAUCUGUUCUUUGUUAAAAUAAUAUGAAAAGAAUAUAC